GCGGAUCCUCGCGCGGGGAUCAUCGCGUCGCACGAAGUGUCAAAAUAACGUGAACGCCGUUUCUCGACGACGUUUCGACGACGGAGCGGAAACCUCGCCUAACGAUUCGCGUUUACUCUACUACUCUACUGGCCGACAUUAUUAUAUCCCGACACGAUGCGCAAACCGCGAAAACGCGACCUUCGCUGUCUCGCAACGUGUCGACUUCCUUGAAUAUUUAUUUUGGAAUAUUUCGCGCUCGCUUUCCUCGACUCUAGCCGCGAUCUAAUAUCAGGCGAAAAUAUUAAUAUUCCUCGGUAUCAGUCAGCAAUUCUCGAGUGUUUAUAAAAUGGAUAUAAAAAUGGAGUUAUCGUCAGAAAUAUUGGAGAGCUUGGUUAUGGACAACAAAGAUGUUAUAGAGGUGCUGAAGGAUGGAAGGGUUACAGAGGAAGAUAUUAUAUUUGAGUCUGAAGCAACUGAGGAUUCCGAAGAGACAGAAAUAGAAGAAAUUAUAGAAAUAAUCGAAGAGGUUGAGGAAUGUGACGAGACUGCUCUGGAUGAUGAUGUAUCUUUGGAGGAUAAGGAUAUGACUGUGAAUACAAAGGAUGAUGGAAUGGUUGAGAGAGUAGAGAAAAAUGAUCAAGCGACUAAGAAAAAUGUAGAGCUUUAUAGCUUUGAGGAGGACAAUUCAGUAUUUGCUUCGCAAUCUGCAAAAAAAGAUUCAGUCAAAAAUACUAAUAACAGUACACAAAAGACUAUUAAUAAGCAAGUUAUUACUUAUGACGUAGAUGAGGACUGGCAGGAUGAAGAACUGGAACGCAUAGAUGAAUUGGCCAGUAAUCAUGCAGAUUCUGUACAGAUACAAGAUGAUAAAAAACAUAUGAAUAAUCAAAUUAUUUCACUGCAAUCAAAUAAAAUAGAUUUAAGAAUUGCUAUGGAUUCUAUGAAAAAGUUGGACAAACCUCGAACAGAUAGUGGUAUUGGAAAUAAUAUAAACAUUAUUGAAGAUGAUAACGAAACAACUCAUGAGAUAGUAAAGAAUGUAGAGAACAAUCUGUUGUACACUGUACUUGGCACAAAGAAACAAGAUGUGUCUAAGCAACAGGAGAAGAUCCCAGACACACAUUAUGUUAAAAUGGAACGACUUCAGGAGAACACUAUACCAGUUGAAGGUACCAUUUACUAUGAAGGAGAUAAUAUGGAAACAUUAUAUGUAGCGCAAGCUAUUGAUGACAAUGAACAAUAUCAAUACGACAAUGCAACAAUAGAGCAAGAUGAACAAAUGUCUUGGGAGGCGGCAAAUUCCGAAUCUAAUCAAAAUCAAGAAGAAGAUAGUUCUCAGGAUCAGAUAUUUUUACACGAGGACGAAGAUGGUCAGUUGUAUUUUAAGGAUGCCAGUGGAAUUUUGCAACCAGUAUAUUUGACCGAGGAUGGAAAUUAUGCGAUUGCUGACACCAGUGAGGAUCAUACUGGUAAAGAAUUGCAAUCAAAAUCCCAACAAAACAGUGAUACGAUGGAAGACGAUAGUUACAUUUUGCCUGAUUCAGAUUCUAAAUCCAUUUCUAAACAGACCACCAGUAAUACGGUAUCACCGACGUCGCUUCAAGACUUUGAUAAUGAAGACAAUACUGUAACCAUAUCUUUGAUAAUAUCAGAGGAUGAGAACGGACAAAAGAGAACUCAAGUUAUUAUACCGACAACGGAUAAUUUAAAAUGUGACAUCUGUAACAAAAGUUUCAAAACAUCCUGCCAAUUACUCAGACAUAAUAGAUUGAAACAUGCUCGUGAGGAAGAUAUAACUACUAGAAACUUUCCUUGCGAUUUGUGUCCUAAAAGGUAUCCAGAUCAGACUUCCUUAGCUCGCCAUAGAAAAACUCACACUGGCGAUCGACCAUUCCAGUGUUUGGAAUGUCAAAAGAAUUUUCCCACUUCCACGGCGUUACGGCGUCAUUUGACUCUCCACAAUUCUCAAUCGCGACCGCUUCCUUGCAUUUACUGCGGUCGGCGAUUCAUGGACAAGACUAGUCUAGCGAAACACGAAGAAUCACAUAUGCCUAAUGAGCAGCGCAAAUACACGUGUGACAUAUGUCAAAAGACCUUCCAUCACAUAACUGACCUGAGUAUGCACAAGAAGUAUCACGAUCCUGAUAAGAAAUUUGACUGCGAGGUGUGCGGUCGCGAAUUUAACAGAUUGAACAACUUGCAGAGACACAUGAUGGUACAUCAGCAACAACAAGGAGGAAAUGAAGAAAUACUUUCUUGUGACGUUUGCGGAAUCACAUAUAAAUUCAUGAGUUCGUUAACGAGACAUAUGGUGACUACUCAUAUGAAUCCUGAAAAAUUGAGACAGCAAGCAGAAGAGCAGAGAAGAAAACGUGAGAAUAAUUAUCGAAAGUAUUUAGAAAACCGAAAGAUGUACGAAACUCAGCAUUCUCCGUACGGUACAAGACGUAAAUAUCAUUUAGCUUCCGAAAGUAAUGAUGAAACGGCCUGACUUCAAUUUUCUCGUAGUCUCUUGAUAGUUUCAUAAAGAGCAGUCAUAAGAUUUCUAUGAGUAUAAUUCCACAUUAGUGCGAUGUCUUUGUAUCAUUUAUUGAUUGACAUAAAUGAUACAGAUAUGCAUUUAAUUAAAUAAAUAUUAUUGACAACAUACAUAUAUAUCCACACAUACAAACAU